AUGUUCCACCAAGUGAAAGUCCCGGAAGAAGACCAGACCGCCUUCAGAUUUUUCUACCGGACGCCUGGCAGUAUUUCAGCUCCGUUAACGUACCAGAUGACGGUGCACGUAUUUGGAGCAAUAUCCUCCCCGACGAGCUGCAUCUUCGCCCUCAACAGGACGGCCGAUGACUACCGCAGCCAGUUUCCAGAUGUAGCUGAUAGCGUUCGACGGAAUUUCUACGUCGAUAAUUAUCUCGACUCCUUCAACUCCGAAGACGAGGUUAUCAAAGGGUCCCGACAAAUGAAAUCCCUUCUUCAGCUAGGGGGAUUCAACUUGACCAAAUGGACGUCGUCAUCCAGAACGGUGAUAGCAGCUCUACGAGAAUUCGGCCUCGCGUCACCAACACUGGAUUUGGACUUGGAGAAACUCCCCGUCGAAAGAACCCUUGGAGUAAUGUGGGACAGCGAGCGAGAUAUGCUGACUUUCAAGAUUCGGAAGCCGCCGAAAAACGUGACCCUCACGAAGCGAGUCUUCCUAAGCAUCAUCUCUAGCGUCUAUGACCCGUUGGGGCUUGUUGCAUCUUCUUGA